CGGCGGCGGAGGUAAUGAAGUGGUUGAAAGUUACAUGAAAGGUAAAAGCAUAGCAGAGAGUGAGUAUAUUGAGAAAUCGGAAAGGAAAGAUGAGAUAGAAAACGUGAACAGAAAAAGGAGAUUUAGUAGAGAAGAGAAAGGAAAGGGGAAAUUGGUUGUCGAAACUGAUUUGGAAUCUGAAGAUGAGAGUUUAGUCGACGUUUCAUUUUCCGACGUUGAACUUCCUGCGGAGGAAGUGAAAUCGCCAGAUGAAAAGCUAAGUAAAAGGAGUAACAGGAGAACAAGUGGGGGGAGAAUGGAGCGGUUUCGGGAUGCGGCUAGGCGAAAUGCUUCUCGAUUUGCGUAUUUCAACACCCGGGAGGAGGAAGAAGAAAACAAUAACAACUUAUCAGUCGAGGCUGAAAGGGAAAUUCCGUCCGUAGAAGAACAUAUUGAAGAAAAGGUGGUUGAAGAUUGGCCUGGUCCUUUCUCUACUGCUAUGAAGAUUAUAAGAGAUAGAACAGCGAAUUUGAACGUACGACAGGGGAGUUCUUCCUCGGACCAGGUACCGUCCGUGCAAAUCAAAUGGGUUCCUCAAAAGGGUAAAGGAAAAGACGGGUCAAAGCGGUUGCCUCCAUCGUUGCUUGAUUUAAGCCUAAGGGUUCUUGUCGAUAACGCGGAUGCAAUUGCUUCCCUUGAUCAUGUCCCGGAUGCCAUGAGACACAAACUCUGUCAAAUGCUCUGUGACUCGAGGCAAAUGAAUAGUAACCUUCUGGAUCUCCUUCUUAGUGGAUCCCCUACUGAAAUUCGCUUGAGGGAAUGCUCUUGGUUAACUGAGGAUCAGUUUUCUGAAUGUUUUGUAAAGUGUGACACUUCUAACUUGACGGUUCUCCAACUUGAUUACUGUGGACAGUGCUUGGCGGAUUAUAACAUACCUUCUACCUUAGCUCGGUCUCUAAACAGCUUGCCUGCAUUAACUACUUUGUCAUUGACUGGUGCAUAUCGUCUUUCAGAUGCUGGGUUAAGUGUUCUUGUUUCUUCUGCACCUGCACUAAGAUCUGUAAACCUCAGCCAGUGUUCAUUUCUUACCCACGGUGCUAUUGAGAUUUUGGCUUCCUCCUUGGCAUCGGUUCUACUAGAACUAUUUAUCAAUGAUUGCCAAAGUAUUGAUGCCAUGCUGAUGCUUCCGUCAUUGAAAAAGCUGGAGCGUUUGAAAGUGUUGUCAGUAGCAGGGUUGGAAUCUGUUACGGAUAAAUUUAUCAAGGAAAUUAUUACCGCAAGAGGUGAUGGUAUGAAGGAACUGAUUCUGUCGGGUUGUGGGAAGUUAACUGAUUCUUCCUUGAAAAUCAUUGCGGAAACCUGUUCAAGUUUACGAUCACUUGACAUUGGUAAUGUACCCAAACUGACAGACAACUCUCUUGGUUACCUGGCCAGUGGUUGUCGAUCACUGGAGUUGUUGAAACUCUGCCGCAACACAUUCAGUGAUGAUGCCAUAGGAGCAUUUCUUGAAAUUUCUGGGGAGGUUUUGAAAGAGCUGGCACUGAACAAUGUUGGGAAGGUAGGUCAUAAUACAGCCUUAUCACUUGCAAGACGCUCAAGAAAUUUGGUUAGUUUGGAUCUAUCGUGGUGCCGAAAUCUGACUGAUGAAGCUAUGGGAUUGAUCGUAGAUAGCUGUCUAUCGCUGAGGGUGCUUAAACUGUUUGGAUGCACUCAGAUUACAGACGUCUUUCUAUAUGGUCACUCUAAUGCCAAGGUAGAAAUCAUUGGUUUGAAGUUGUCUCCACUUUUGGAACACAUAUAAGCACCAGUUGAGAGUCUGUUGCAGUACCUCUUCUGUGUCAUCUUCAAUAUGAUUUGGGUGUCCAUGACCAGCCAUAGCCAUACCAGAGUUUACUUGUGUAGUACUACAGUUUGAUGUCCGAAGAACAUGGGCAUUUUUUGUCAUCCUGUGAUGCUGUUUUUGCUG